AUGGGAGCUAACGCUAUGCCGGGCAGGCCUAUUGUGCAUGGAUGGUUAGGUGGGGAUGGUCUAUUCGCCUUCGUCGAGUUCCGUACACCAGAGGAGGCUAGUAUUGCUUUAGAGAGGCUUAAUGGACAUCAGCUUAAAUCCUAUGGUGCCCUUACUACUACUAACAUGCUACUCACUAUACUCGGAAUGCAUCAGGAGUAA